CGAUCAUUCUCCCCGAACCUGUUUCUCUCGCUGCCCGCAUGUCCUGUUCUUCAUCUUCUUCUGCGCAUUAAUCCCAGUAAAGGACAUCAUGGCGGGAGGCAAUGUCGAGAAGGGACAACGUUAUAUCGCACUCCUAGACCAGGCGCGGGCCCAGGGCAAAUGGGAAGAGGUUCCUGAACUGAUCCGAAAAGUCACCAAGCACGCUCCACAGAGGACUUGUGUCAUUCAGACCGCAACUGCCGAAACGCGAGUGGUAGCAUUUAUUCACCAAAAGACGACCAGCGAAUCAACAGCUACACCCAAUCUACCCGAGUUAAUCCCCGCUUUGUUGACAACAAUCGAGAACAAUGAUGGCACCCCGCAGGAGAUCUUACAGGCUCAGGUGUGCUUGGGAUGGGUUCAUUGGACACUAAAUGAGCCGGCGCUAGCGGCAGCUCGCUUGCCCAAGGAUCUCACUGCCACCGUUGAGGCCCUGUUGAGCGAAGGCCAUGAAUUAUCCGAGUGGACUGAGGUCUGUUUGGUCAAGGGAUGCUAUAUCAAGGGAUCUGCACAGUCUACAGUUGCCAGCAUCGAUGAAUCUCUGGAGACCUUUGCAGACUUGAUUCCAUGGCUGAGCAACGGCAAGCUUAUCAACAAUGCCAAUUCCCAGUUCCUCAGCUGGUCCGAGACACUACUUGGCAAGGGAGCCGUGAUGGCGAGUGAAGAAGCUGGCACGGCCACCCCAUACUCAGACCCCCGACAUGUGGAGAUCGCUCUUCGGCUGUUCCGGCUGUGGUCUGUGCAUCCUGCAGUUAAGCAAGGACAGGGCUCUCCUAAGGCCGCGUACGCUGGUGCUCCUGGUCAACCUUCACGCACUUCGAUCUGGAAAUCGUACUAUUUGUUCCUCACAAUUGUCCUGCAGGAUGGUUUGCCCUACCCACCUUCCCAUGACAACCCGGAACGCCCACAGCUUGCCAGUGAGCUCCGUCGAGUUGAAGCUAUCUGUGAGAGCAAUCUACUCCGGGAGGUCAAGUUCCCUACUGCUAGUUCCGACAAUUCACAGGUUGAAGAAUGGGUGGAGCAAGUGAUCAGCAACUGGGAGAUUCUUUGUGGCCCCGAAUGGCAGGACCAGGACCUUGGUGAAGGGGGACAAAAUGCCGUGGGCCGCAAUGUCUUGGACAUUCUGUAUCGGGCGGCAACCAAAACCUAUCAUUCGCACUUGAUCCUCAGACGUCUGUUCCAUGUACAUGCAGCACUGGCAGACUUUCACCUUGCGUUCAAAGCUCUUGAUUCUUACGUCGAGAUUGUCACUGCCGCCAAAGCACGGGCCGAGAAGUCGGCCGAAUAUGGAGAGCUGGAAAAGGAUGAGAUACUGUUGCAGACUCUUUCGGAGGGCGUUACCCUUUUGAGCUCCUAUGGGUCCUUUGAAGAGGCAGAGAAGGCCAGAAACUUGACGGACUUGAUCAAAGAGUACAUUGAUAAGCAGGCGACAAGCCAAACAGAGGGUCAGAGCAACGGCAAGCUCCUGCUUUCACAUGGUCCUAACUGUACCAAUACUCCAGAUAUCCCUGUCGCUAUACUAGCCGCAUCAUACCGAGCAGUCGGAGUUGGUCUCGCCAACUGGGCUAGCCACACGCCUCUGAAUGAGGCACGCGACGAGAUUCGUGGGGAGGCAAUUGAUUACUUGGAGAAAAGCAUUAACCCUGAGUUUGGACAAGACACCGACUUCGCCGCUUUAUACACUCUUGCCCUAACUUUAGCGGAAAACCGUGAUCUCGAUGCUGCAAUCGACUAUGCUAAGUCCGCUCUGGCAUCUCACAAUUCCACCCCUGUCACCGAGGACCUUUCAAAGCAAAGAGACCUUGUAUCACUAUGGCAUCUGCUUGCACUGUUGCUUAGUGCAAAGCAGGAGUUCGACAUCGCUGAACGCUCGUGCGAGGCAGCGUUCGAACAUUUUCCUUCGGAAAUUUUCUCUAGGGGCAAUCGUGACCGACGUUCUUCUUCGAGGCAUUCACAGAAUGGUCUAGGUGGACCUAAGCGCUCGCUGGUCAGUCGCUUGCAGGGUCGGGAGAAGGAGCGCAUCCUUCAGACCCGCAUCACGCAGCUUGCGUUCACCGAGGUUCUCGAAGGCCCGGAGGCUGCCGUUAACCAGACAGAGCAGCUACUCAGUCUUUUUGGUAAACUGUUCCAGGAGCUGGAUCUUGACGAGGGAUCUAAGUCCAAGUCCGAUCAUUUGAUACCACCCAAAAGCUCUGCGGGGACAACGAAGAGCUUCCGCGGCAGUAUCUUCCACCGUAACCGAAUGUCUCAGCUACCAGACCGCCGGGGUGAGCGAUCCGCGAGCUUACAUUCUGCGACUCCUCCUGUUCCGGCGAUUCCGAAUGGUCACUCAGGUUAUGAUGCGCCAGAAAUUCAAGUCACUGAUGAAGAUCACGAGUUAGGCCCUAGGAUUGGACGAUCAGACUCCAAAAGAUUGACGAAGCGCAGCGGUAGUUCUUACAGGCAUGAGAAACCAGAAGAUCAAGGGCCACCAGUGCCUCCUCAUGAAAAUGAGGUUGGCAUUGCAGUAUCAGGCAACUCGACUCCCGUGCCACGAGCCCAGUCACAAACUCCUAACGACGAACAACCGCAGCAUAAGCAAGCUGGCUAUGAAGGUCACUCUCUGCGCCACAAUCUUAGCCGUCCCAUUGCUCACAGAUUUGACUCUCCUACCAACGUCACUACCAAAUUCUCUCCCACACAAUCUAAGAGACACGCCCUUGCUCUACUGGUCAAGAUCUGGCUGGUGAUCGCUGGUCUCUAUCGCCGUGCAUCCCUAUUCGACGACGCCCGCGAGGCUUGUGAGGAAGCCUUGAAAGAAACUGGGCGAAUGGAAGCUUUGGUUGCCGCUGAAGAGUCUUCUGCUCGUCAUUUGAAUAGUCGAGGCUGGACUGCUGCACGAAGCUCCGAGGAACUCUGGGCUGAUGUCUACGCCGAAGAGGGUCUUUUGUCCCAAGCUCAGGACAAGCCUCAUGAGGCCAUGAAAUAUUACGAGGAUGCUCUUCUGCGCUGUCCCGAACACCCCAUUGCAACGAUUGCACUCGCAAACCUUCUCUUGGAUAUUUGGGAUGAGAAACUUUCGCCCGAAUCUACAAAGACGGAAGUAGAUCUCAACGUCUCCCGUCUAUCUUUGCUGUCUUCCAGUGCUAAGCUCAAGUCCGCACGAGCCAUCUCAGCCGAUGAGCUCAAGGUCCCUGAGACGACCGAGAUUCCACGACCAAUUUCGAUCGCUACUUCCCCACAUGAGGUUGACCCGAAGCACCUCCACCGUCUGGCGGCUCGCGAUCGUGCAUACGGCCUUCUCUCCAUACUCACUAAACUCGGCAGCUCCUGGGACAACUCCGAGGCGUGGUAUGCGCUGUCUCGCGCAUACGAGGCUGGAGAGCAGACUGAGAAAUUAAAAGAAGUUCUAUGGUGGUGCAUUGAGCUUGAGGACCGUAGGCCAAUUCGGCACUGGUCCAACAUUGGCUCCGGUCUUUAUGUCCUUUGAAAGAGCAAAGGAAUAAACAUGUUUAAUUAAUAUCCUUCUUGUAUCUAGUUGAUUUCCCUUUGACUGGUCACGCUUGAUUCCCCUUGUUUUCAUCUUCAACAUCUGAGAUACCAUGUCCUUACUGCAGCCGGGAACUCAGAGCAGGACUGGAUAUGUUUCGUCGAGCGUUUUCUUGUUGUGAUCUUUGCAUUUAUUGGAAUGGAAAAUCGUUCAUCUUCUUCAA